UUCCGGUCGCCAUUCUGAAGUAGAUAAUGGCUUCUUCUAUCGCUUGCUUUCUCAGCAUCUUUUCUGUUCGGUGUAUGAUACGGGAGAGAAGGAUGAGAGGACGGUGCUAGUAUAGCGGGAGGGAGCCGCAGCUCUGCAGGUGCCCUGCAUGGACCACCUCCAGGAUCUCUUCAGGGAUUUACUUGCACUAUGUUCCAGGGUGACUCCCCUCAUUCCAUGUAAUCCUCAUUACAUCGUGGCCUGGUAACAAGUAUAUUCUGGGAUUCCAUAGAAAAGGCAGCAUCUUUAGUCACUGUAAUGGCAUCGAGACAACCUGAUGUACCUGCGUUCUAUAACUUUUAGUGGUUGCUUACGCUUUUCACCAUUGAGCACGGCUCAAGUGGGCUUCUAGGAAAAAUGUCCCUGCCUAUUGGGAUGCACCGUCGUGCUUUCAGCUAUGACGAUGCCCUGGAGGACACCGCACCGAUGACGCCACCUCCAUCAGAUAUGUGCAGUAACACCCUGUGGAGAAAUCCGGUAAUCCCAGAACGCAAAUACCAGAAGCUGUCUAAGGUUGAGGAUGGGGAUAAUAGCAUGCCCCCACCCACUUUGCCCAAUUCCACCUCUGUGGAGAAGGUCCCUGUGGUGAAAGCCAAAGCAACCUCUGUCAUCAUGAACUCUCUUAUAACAAAACAUACACAGGAGAGCAUUCAGCGAUUCGAGCAGCAAGCCGGUCUCCGGGAUGCUGGCUAUACUCCACACAAGGGCCUUACUGCUGAAGAGACAAAAUACCAUCGCGUGGCGGAGGCCCUGCAUAAGCUAAAGAUGCAAACUGGAGACUCGAGUGAAGAGAAACAAAGUUCAUCUGCUCAAUCCACUCCAUGCAGCACUCCAAACUCCUCCCCUAAGCAGAUGCGCAGGUCAUGGUUCAGUCAGGGUUCUGCAUCUAUCCCUAGCAGUGAAUUCCAGAGCUCUGAUGCGGAUAAGUGGAGCAUGUUUGGGCCGCGUACUGUGCAGAAAUCUACCACAGACCCAGGUGGUUUUACUGUUCAGUCCUACAAAGGUGCCCAAAAGCCAACCCCUAUGGAACUGAUGCGAGCUCAGUCUCAGAGAAUAGGAGACGACCCACUUACAUUCAAACCACCUAAGAUGGAAAUGCCGCCCAUGGCAUCGGACAAUAAAAAGGUUAACAGAGGUCACAACCUGAAGCCACGGGAGAUGAACAUACUCACACCCACUGGCUUUUAAGAUGCACAUUUCUGUCUAAUUUCACCAAUUCCAGUUACUUUGUAGACUUCCCAUUUCAUGCAUGACACAGGUCGCUCACGAGGAAGGAUACCAGUAAGCCAUUGUGUUAAUUACACCUUUUGUCCUCUGUAUGAGACGACUCAUUUGUUUUACCUUCCCUCUCAAGGUCAGAAACCUUUACCACUAUGCGUUCAUGUGUUGCUGAUAUAACCUGCAAACGAAUUGGUGAAAUGUAUAGCUGCACAUUAGAAUGCAAAACUGAAUCUCCUCACAAAGCGGUUGUUUGGAUUUCUUUACAUAUCUUUAAAAAAAAAAUUCAGACUUAUGUCUUCUCCUAAAACCAGAUAUUUGUUUUCCUGCAUCUAAGUUUGUAGACAUCACGGUUGAUCAGCUGCAAUAAAAAUAAGCCCUAGAAAGUAAAGUAUAGCUAGAAUUUCUGGGCUUUAGUUAUAAAAUCUAUCUAUAUAUAUAUAUAUAUAUAUAUCUGCCACAGUACUGCAGAGGAGAAAGGGCUGUUAGGAAUUGAACCAUUGGCAUGGCUGCAGCUGGCUCCGCAGACGGAUUCUUUACAGCUUUCUAUAAUGUUGACACCUGCAGACUUCAUGGCAUUUUUGCAUUCCAUUUUAAAGCAAUUGCACACUGAAAGUCUGUUGGAUUUAAUUUAUUUGUAUGUAUAUUGUGUGCGCGCCUGCUUAUGUAUUCUGUGUCCAGUUUUAUGGUUUAAAAUAAAUCUGAAAUAAGGCUUC